AUGAUAAGAUCAUUGCGACCUUAUACUAGCCCAAGGAAAUAUACGCUAUUUUCUUGUGGUAGCCAUAGUUGGCUCAGACUUCAAAGCACUGCUGCUGGACGCACACGGAAGCUUAAAGCUAACAGCGGUAUAACGGUGGAAAGUUUCAAAGCUGUCAUUAGCCCAUUGCUUAAACCACUUUUCGAUGAGCUCAAAUUUCCAAAAUCAUUAUCUGGGACUCCCAACCAGAUUGAACGUGAAAUUGUAAAAAAUUUUGAAAGCUGCAUAGAUUUUCAUGUUACCAAUUAUGUCAAACAAAACUCGUUAGGUUCUCAGCAUGAACUACCCAUAGAAUCGUAUAUAAACCCUAAGAUCAGUGAAAUAGCUCGAAUAGUAGUUAACCUUCGCACGAAUCCACCGCCUGGCUUGACCAAACUUUUCAAUGUGAGAACUAAGGCCGAAGUUCUAAGUAAAAUUCUCUUGAAAUUGUUGGAGAAGGAGAAACUAAAGUAUGCCGUCACAGAAGUAAACUUUCCUCAAAAGAACAUAGACUUAUCUAAUCCUGCUGAAUGGUACCCCGAGGCCAGAAAAAUGAAGAGGAAAUUGAUCUUCCAUGUAGGUCCGACUAACAGUGGUAAAACGUACAAUGCUUUAAAGCUUUUGGAAAAUGCUAAGCUGGGUUACUAUGCGGGCCCCUUGAGAUUGCUUGCGAGAGAGGUGUAUGAGACUUACCACAAGAAGGGCAUUCGGUGUAAUCUUAUUACUGGGGAAGAGAUAAUUCCAGAUAUUGAUGGAUACGGUAACGUUGCCCCCAUUUCUUCAGGGACCAUUGAAAUGGUGCCUACCAAUAGGAAAAUGGAUAUCUGUAUUAUAGAUGAGAUACAGAUGAUCUCUGAUAAACAAAGAGGUGAAGCAUGGACGGCAGCCCUCUUGGGAGUUCAAGCCAAAGAAAUUCAUUUAUGUGGUGAAGAACUGGCGAUUCCACUUAUACAAGAAAUUUCUAAAAUUACCGGUGAUGAAGUUAGCAUCAACACUUAUGAGAGAUUAGGAAAGUUACUUGUAGAACAAAAACCAAUAAGUGAAAAUGAAAACAAUAAUUUUAAAGAUCUUAAGAAAGGAGACUGUAUUGUUGCAUUUUCGAAGUUGAAGAUUUUGCAAUUCAAGAGAAAUAUCGAAAAUAAUUCUCACUGGAGAGUUGGAAUCAUUUACGGUGCUUUACCGCCAGAAGUAAGAUCAGAUGAGGCAAAUAAAUUCAACAAGGGAGAAUAUGAUAUAUUGGUAGCAUCAGAUGCAAUUGGAAUGGGACUUAAUCUCAAAAUCAAUAGAAUAAUUUUUGCAGAUUCCACAAAAUUUGAUGGUAAUAAGGUUACGCCAUUGACUGUUUCCCAAGUUAAGCAGAUUGCAGGCAGAGCUGGACGAUACCAAGCUGAUGGAGAGCUGACUGGAUAUGUAAAUGCAAUUGGGCUGAAGAACUUAAAGGUUAUUGGAGCGCAAAUGAAAAAACCACUAACGCUGUUGACCAAAGCCUUUAUCUGGCCAACUCCACAGAUAUUAUUUAAAUAUAUUACAUCAUUCCAAAAAGGGAGUACGAUACUUGAUGUUAUUAGGCAUUUCGAAGAUGAGUUUACUGCAGCAGGAAUGAAUUCAUCUGCUCGUAACUCUAGCUCACUUUACAGAGUUACCGACAUUUAUUCCAGGAAGAUGAUCUUGAAGGUUUUCCUCAAGAAACACAUUAAUGGUAGACUCACUAUUGAAGAUCUGCUUAGGCUAAGUAUUGCCCCAGUUAAUUUAAACCGAGCAAGUGAAUUCACAGAAGAUAAAGUAUUCACUUAUUUUAAGAAUAUUGGACUGGCCAUCAGUAAAGAUAUUAUUAAAAUGAAGGUGAAUGACAUGAAUAUAUUAAAGAAGGAGCCAUCCAGGUUCAUGAGGUACGAACAUGCCAUUAGGACUGUGGGCAGAUUGGAAGAAAUGCAUAAGUUGACACUAUUAUUUCUUUGGUUAAGUCAAAGAUGGCCCACUUUAUUCGUAGACAAGGAAGCUGCCAUUGACUGCAAGUCACUCAUUGAAAAGAGAAUAACAGAAGAAUUGGAAAACUUAAAGAGAGUGAAGGUCCUAAGACAGCAUAAGAAACCAAAUAAGCACCAUGCCCAAGAUUCAAGAUCUUUAUAUUAA